AUGUUGGCACGCCACCUGCCGCACGUGCCGCACGUCGCCAAGGGGAGACUGCAGGUACCUUUGCGCCUUCUCGCACCGAAUCACCGCGGCGCCUCUUUCAGCGCCGCUUUCUCGCUGGCCUCGGUGGCCUCGGUGGCCUCACUGCCGCGGCUGGCUCUUCGUCGCCAGCGCCGGUUUCACGUGGCGAUGGCGAGCCCAGAUGCCCGGUGUUUGGACGUGGUGGUCUACAGUCGGCCGGGCUGCGGCUACUGCGCCAAGGCGAAGGCCUUGCUGCGAAGGCGCCAGGUGAACUUCGGGGUGGUGGACGUUGGAGCGGAGCCGCACCGAAGAGCGGAGGCCCAGCAGCAUGGUCCCACCUUUCCGCAGAUCCUGGUGGGCUCCAGGUGUUUGGGAGGUUUCGACGCCUUGGAAGUUCUGGAGAAGCAGGGGAAGCUGUUGGAUGCCACAAAACGUGCACCGGAGGAUAAGGUCUACAUCACUCCGACCCCGCCGGAGAAGAUCGUGGCCGCGGCCUUGCCUGAGGCCAUUCAGCAACAGCUACUGCAGCGCGCAGAGGAGAUGGGCAAGCUGAAGUAUCAGGCAGGUAGCAAGCCGACGCUGUCGGGCUUUCUGCGCUACGCCAUCACACGCACUCCGCGGCAGGACCAGUCCCAGAACGUUCCGUUGAACUUGGCGGUGGCACCUGGGGCGUCUGAGGUCCCUGCGUCCCUGCCGGAGGCUUCUGCUGAGGAGCUGGCAGCCCUGCUGCGGCAGUCCAUGUUGCAACUGCUGGAGAACUUCUCGGAUCCAGAGAGCUGGGAGCUUGAGGAAGGUGGAGAUGUGAAUUACCUGGCCAUGCGUCAAUCUGCCGAGUGGAACCUCUUCCGUGCUUUGGCGGCUGAAUUGGGUCAGCCCGGACACCUAGUCCUGAGGAAGAGGAAGCUCUUACGGCAGAGGGCAGGUCUCGGGAAAAGAGACCAGGCUGUCCCUCCGUUCACCUUCGUGACCCGCUUUGCUAAAGGGGAUAAUGUGAUUGAGAUGGAGGCUGGUUGGAACAGGCUUGGGCUGGUGUUGAAAGUGGAGUUCAAAGGGCCAUGGGGCGGACACGAGGGCAUGCAGAAAAUCCGGUCGGUGAUUCGUGCCAAAUUAGAGGACUUUGUGGAAAGCCAAUGGCGUCUAGAAGGCCAGAAGGAAGAGGAAGAACCAGGUUCAGAGGAAGACAAAGAGCAAGAUGAAGGGGAAGACCAAGAGGAAGAUGAAGAGGAGCAGAUGCAAGAAGCAGAGGAAAGUGAGGAUCUUGAAGGCGAGGAGAAACAGACCGACUCUGGUACCAAAAACCCCGACAACCUGGAGACACUCCCCAUGCCUGACACCUGGCCCGAUGAUGUUUGGGGGGAAGCUGAGGAGGAGGACGAGGAGGAUAUGAACGCCACUCAACACUAUGAAAGGUCAGACCAAGAAGAUGAUGAUGAACCCGAAGAGGUUGAGAACGAAAGCCCAAAGGAGACAAAGGAAAAGAUUCGAAAGGCGCAGCACUUAGAAGAAAGCAAGACAAAGAAGGACAAGCCCAAGAGCCACAAGAAAGAGAAGAAGGAGAAGAAAGGUGAACAGGCUGAAAGGGAGAUCGAGACAGAGAAGACUGAAGGGAAGAGGAAGGUUGCCAAGAAGGCCGCAGAAAAAAUGAAGGAAGACAGGACUGAUGAUGUUGCAAACGCGCCGAUGGUUGAAGAUGUGGAGACCGAAGAUCAAGAUGUAGAUGCAGACAAAAACAACGAGACAGAGGGCAUGAGAACGAAAGAAGGGCGCCAAGAAGUUGAGGAAAAGAAGGUGAAGCGAGAGAAUGCAGAGAAGACCAGAGGUAGCAAAGUUGAGGAUGACCCAAAGAGGAAGGCUGUAAAGAAGGAAGAAGAAGAACAGAAUGCGGAGAAGGCUAAAAGGAACACAGCAGAGGAUGGUCCAAAGAUGAAAGCUGUGAAGGAAGCAGAGAAGACGAGACAGAACACUGUGGCAGAUGCUCCAAAGAGGAAAGGUGUCAAGAGGGAAGCCGAAGAAGAGAAUGUGAAGCAAAAAGCACAGAAGAAAGAUAUGCCGCUGGUUGAGGACGAGAACAAUGAUGAGUACAAGGGACAUGAGGUUGAGGAGGAGGCUGUUGAGGAGGAUGAGUUCGAAGAUGGCAAACGGAAGAGGCAGCCGAAGCAAGAGACGAAGAAGAAAGCUGAGGAGCCCUCGGAAAAGAACAAGUUCAAGGAUGCAGACAAAAACAAAGAGACAGAGGGCAUGACAGUGAAAGAAGGUCGCCAAGAAGUUGAGGAAAAGAAGCCGAAGCGAAGGACCAAAGAUGAAAAAGCAGAGGAGGCAGGUGAGGCUGAAGAAAAGCAGAAGAAUGAUGAAGAUGGAGAAGAACAGACCAAGCCGAAGCGUGAAAAGAAAAAAGAGAAGGACACUGUGGAGCAUCGAGGUGAGGAGAAGUCUGCCAAGAAAGAUGUCCCAAGCAGUACCUCCAUCAUUGUCGACUCAGAUGACGACAAAGAGCCGGAGAAAGCUGCAACUUUCAUGGAUGACCGAGGUGAACCACUGAUCAAAGACGAAAGGCAGCCCACAGAAGAACAGAAGGAGAAGGCAGACUCAAUCAUGAGAGAGAUGCACAAGACGCACAGAGCCAUGAGUUGGACAACCAAUGACGACAUUGUGGCAGCGCAACGGAAAAUGAAAAGAAAGAUGAAAGAAGACCAAGAAGGCGAAGAAGAGCAUCAAUCUGGAGAUGAUGACGACAGACUGCUCCGUGAUGCAGAGGAGGACAGCGAAGACAGAAAAGCAGCUAGAGGCAGAGGACGCGGCAAAGGAAAAGGACGAGGACGAGGACGAGGCCGAUCAAAGAAACUGGAUGAUGCAAAGCAAGAUGAUGAUGUUGAAAACAGUGAGGAGCCCGAAGACAGACCCAAGAAGAAGCAAAAGCAACACCCAGAAGGACAGAAGACGGCAGAUAAAGCGGAAGAGAAACAGAAAGACAAGUCAGGGAAAGCCAAGAAGAAGGAGAAAUCUGAGAUGGCAGAUGCAAAGGAGAAAGAGGAUGAUGCAGAGCCGACAAAGAAGGCAACGAAGAAGGAGAGGUCGCAGAGUGAGAAGAGAGAUGAAGAUGACAAGGAGAGCCCAGCCAAAAAAAAAAAGAAGGCAGAUAAGGCAGCCACCAAGAGUCCCAUGAAAUUGGCCCACUCAGCUUCGAAACGGUUUGUGGAGCGGGCAAAGGCAAAGGCUGAGGAGACUGGGGACUCUGCGAGAAGAAGGUUGGACUUUGACAAUGAAGAGUCACUUGCAAAUGCUGCUGAACUGGAAGCUAUGGAUGAUACGUUUGAGUUGCCAGAGGAUCUCAAAGCAGCACAUUUGAAGGUGAAGGAGGGAAAUCAAGAUGGCCUACACCUAGCACGUAAGACCUUCACUUUGAAGGCGCCGGAGAAUGUGUCUUCUACGAGCACCGGAACCAUCGGAGUGUUGUUUUGCGGCUAA